AUGAAUUGUAGGAAGAUUUUUCCAUUCUCCAGGGCAAGAAUCAAGCAGAUAAACCCAAACCCUGAAGAAUCUGUCUGCUUUACUGACUUCUUGCUGGUUGUGCUGCAAUUUCUCAACAAGAAGAGGAAGAGAGUCCCCACCAUGGCCCUGCUAGCAGGACUGAUGAUGCUGGCCGCCUGCACCCACUUUGUCAAGGCGUCAGACGGCUGCGGCGGGGAGCUGGCUCGGUUGCGGCAGCAGGAGCAGCUUUUGAAGAGACAGCUUCAGAAACAGGAGCUCCUCCUACGCAGCUUACAGCUGAUGACCCAACAGGGCAACAACAACGAUGCCGGAUCUGACCGGGUUCAGGACACCCAGCACGCAGACUGCUCCCAGGUCUACAGUUCUGGGUUCAAAUCCAGCGGUCUGUAUCGGAUCAGGCCCAGUGGGAGCCCCUCAGCGGUCAAGGUCUAUUGUGAUAUGAGUGAAGGAGGAGGAUGGACUGUCCUACAGAGACGGGUCAAUGGCACAGAGGCAUUUAACAGGUCAUGGACAGAGUAUAAGGAUGGCUUUGGAGACCUGAAUGGAGAAUUUUGGCUUGGAAACGACAAGCUGCAUUUUCUCACAACACAAGGGAAUUAUUCAGUGAAGAUCAACUUGGAAGACUUUGAUGGCCACCAGCGCUAUGCUGAGUACAAGAACUUCCAAGUAGCAAAUGAAAAGGAGCACUACCGCCUUUCCUUUGGAGACUAUGUUGGUACCGCUGGAGAUGCUUUGACUGGAAGCUACCAGGUUCCUGAGGUCAAAUGGGCCAGUCACCAGGGCAUGAAAUUCAGCACCUACGACCGGGACAAUGACAACUACAGAGGGAACUGUGCUCAGGAAGACAAAGGGGGCUGGUGGUUCAAUAAAUGCCACUCAGCCAAUCUCAAUGGCGUGUACUAUCCCAACGGACACUACAGUGCUUCCACAGAUGACGGUUUGGUCUGGUAUCCUUGGAGAGGGUGGUGGUACUCGCUGAAGACCAGCAUCAUGAAGCUGAGACCCGUAGACCACAAAACUGGCAACCAGGUGGCAGUUUCUCUCAAGCCACCUUCCUAGGUUAUGCUCACUUUGGCAAAUGGAACAAAAAUACUUUGCAAUCCAUCAUAUCGUCGUACUUAAACCGCAUUGGGACAAAAUUGAGAAUGUGUGAAAGUUUUGGUCAGUUCUACAGACUUGAAUGUUGUAAGAGGAAAUUGCAUCCAGCUGUCUGGUUUGAAGACAUAAGAGGAAGUCUGAUGUCAGCAUUAUUGAGAAGGAAUGAAACAUUGGAUUGACAUGAGACAUUAUCACACAAGCACAGUUGACUGAACAUGUGUAUUUUAUCUAAACAAUGGGGUGGCAUAUCCUUUCAAAACUACCCCGUCAAGCACUGUGCUGAUUCAACUCAUCAUCAAAUGUCCUUGCAAAUAAAUCCAUUGCUUUUACUGAC